GGGUCGGGGGAAAACAGCUAGAAAUCCGAACCCCGACCCCGCCGCCGCGCUGGUGGCGACUAGGGACUUUCUGACGUUGCCUUGUCCUUCCAAUCAAGCGCCGUCUUCACGUCAAAGCGACACCGCCCCACCACCACCUCGCUUGCUACCUGCUUCGCUCGACGCUCGCUAUCUCUCCCGUCCUCCGUCGCCUCUCUCCCUCGUCCCCCCUCCGCCUCCGCGCUGCCGUUACGCCAUAAAUCCAGCCGGGGCAGCCAUCCAAUCCAACCAACGCGUUGAUACUCGCUCGUAUAUAGACGCCCCGACCUCGUACAAACGCGGGUAGUACUAGUAAUUGGGCGCAAUCCGCCGUCUCCCCAACCGCCCGAUACAGCGCGGCGGCGGCGGCAGCUCGACAAUUCGAUCCCCACCGGAUUCGCCGCGGAUUCCUCCGGUAAUCGUCGCCGAAUCGACCCGGGAUUGGGAGCUGGAUGCUGCUCAAAGCCGAGAUGGUGUAGUAAAGAUCGGUUCUUUGGCGACCGCCGACGAUGGCGGCCGGCGGGCGCGUGCGGUUCAAUGUGGGCGGGCAGCUGUUCGAGACGACGACCACCACGCUCGCCAACGCCGGCCGGGACUCCAUGCUCGGCGCGCUACUCGACGCCUCCUGGAACGUCUCCUCCUCGUCCCCGGGCGGCGGAGUGGCCGAGUACUUCAUCGACCGCAACCCGGCCUGCUUCGCGGUGCUGCUGGACCUGCUCCGCACGGGCAGCCUCCACGUGCCCCCGCACCUCCCGGAGAAGCUGCUCUACCGCGAGGCGCUCUACUACGGCCUGCUCGACCACGUGCGCGCCGCGCGGUGGGGCGCGUUCGACGGCGACCGCCUCCGCCUCGCCGCGUCCGUGCCCGGGCGCGCGCCCGGGGACGGCACGGCCAUCCGCGCGUCGCCCGACGGCGGGUGCUGCGUCGCGCACGGCGGCGCCGUGCGCGUCUACAACUGGAUGCUGGACGAGCGCCGCCCGGUGUCGCUCGACCACUCGCAGGUCAACGACGCGGCCUACCUCGACGCCGCCACGCUCCUGAUCGCGGCCCGCGAGCGGCUCGGCAAGUGCGACGGCGGCAUGGCCGCCUUCUCCGCGGCCUCCGGCGACCUCCGCCACCGCUUCCGCGUCGCGCAUGACCGCCAGGUCAAGUCCUUCACCGCCGGCGCGCUGGCCUUCGACCAGGACUCGAGGAUCUUCGCCAGCUGCAAGGGCCGGCUCAACGAGUACGGCAUCGGCGUCUGGGACCGCGUCACCGGCGAGCAGGCCGACUUCUUCUACGAGCACCCCGGCGUCGACCUGGGCGACGCCGAUAAGCUACAGUGGCUGGACGCCACCAGGGCGCUCAUGGUGGCCACGCUGUUCCCCAAGGCGGACAACUGUUUCAUCGGCCUGCUGGACUUCCGGGCCAAGAACGUAGUCUGGGCCUGGUCCGACGCCGGCGUGGCCGCGUCGCUCGACGACAAGCGCGUGCUCCACGCCAUCGCCAUGGAGGACGAGCGCUCCGUCUGCGUGAUCAACCAGUACGACGACCUGGGCUUCCUCGACCUCCGGAGCGGCUCCGGCGGCGUGAGGUGGAGCUCCCGGAGCAAGCUGAUGAACCGGAAGGUGCCCGGCGAGGAGAGCUGCUACCCGAAGCUCGCCACGCACGGCGGCCAGCUCUUCUCGUCGAUGAACGACAGCAUCUCCGUGUUCAGCGGGCCCGAGUACGUGCUGACGUCCACGCUCCGGCGCAGCCACGGCGGCGCCAUCUGCGACUUCUCCAUCGGCGGCGACCGGCUCUUCGCCCUGCACAGCGAGGAGAACGUGUUCGACGUUUGGGAGACGCCGCCGCCGCCGAUCAUCUGAUCGCCAGUGGACUCUGGUCCUCUUUUGUUGCUGUGUACUUGUGAUGAUUUCCGUUCUAGCAUUGCAAAUUUGCAGCUUGCAACUGCGCACCCAAAGAAAUAUUCAGAAUGGUGUCUGCAGACUGAAUACAUUGAAACAUUUGAUUAGAGAAUUUGUCGGCGGUGCACCUAAACUUUGUAGGUAAGACAAAAGAUGGAUGAAUACUCGAAUCAUUUUUAUUUUUGUGACCGCUGAGCGUGUAUACUGUGACUGUACUGAUUUUUGGUAGCGAGUGCGAGAUGUGCUGUCGAAAUCA